GAGGUUACGAGUCACGUGAUGACGGUUUGCAGCGGCGUCUGUGUCUGAGGCUGCCCCUGAAGUGACAGACAGCCGAGUGGACCGCGUCUCCCCGGGAGUGAAAACCCAGGAGUGGAGCUUGAUCUGCGUGAGAAAGGGGUUCAUCAUGGCGGAUGACCUAAAGAGAUUCCUGUAUAAAAAAUUACCAAGUGUUGAAGGACUCCAUGCUAUUGUUGUAUCCGAUAGAGAUGGGGUACCUGUUAUUAAAGUGGCCAAUGACAAUGCUCCAGAGCACGCUUUGAGACCCGGCUUCUUGUCUACGUUUGCUCUCGCAACUGACCAAGGCAGCAAACUUGGUCUCUCAAAAAACAAAAGUAUCAUCUGUUACUAUAACACCUACCAGGUGGUUCAGUUUAAUCGUUUGCCUUUGGUGGUGAGUUUCAUAGCCAGCAGCAAUGCCAAUACAGGACUAAUUGUCAGCCUAGAAAAAGAACUUGCCCCAUUAUUUGAAGAAUUGAGACAAGUUGUGGAAGUGUCUUAAGCGGGCAGCGGUCUGGACGUCUGCCUUGUUAUCAUUGUACAGACACAGUACCAACUCAGCAGUCUCUAGACCACACAAAUACUUGUAUCUGUUUACCUAAGGGCCCUCUUUCCUACCUUUGACUAAAAGAAAGAGCCUAUAGAUAUAAUUUCUGGACAGAUUGUUAUAUUUUCUUGUUUGGGGUGUUUUCUUAUUUUUGUGUGAUCUGGGAAUACCACAGAAAUGGUUCAGUCUGCCGUGGCUCCCAUGGAGUUAAGUUCUGUCAUCAAAUGUAGAUGAGAUUCUCUUCAGUGGAUCAGCAUCAAAAUGAUAGUGACCCACGUGAACCAAGUGCUUCCUUUUGAAAAUAUUCCCGGGCCUGUUGAUUGUGAAUAAUUAGGAGAACCUGUUUUUCCUCCCUGUGAUGUUUUAUUUCUUGACACUGAAUGUGAGGAAAAUACAAUGACUUAGCAAAAGUAAUAAAGUCAGUACAAUCACUAAGUUUUCCUAUGUACACACUGUUCUACAGUAUAGACGACUUGCCAAUUGUUGUGGUUCCUCAGAGGGUGCUGUUCCAUCCCUAAAAUUCAAAUUAUAGCAACUGAUACCCCACCCCACCCCCACUCUGCUAUCUAUACAUAACCAAUCAGUGUUAUAAUGUUGGUGUGUUCUUUAUGACAUUUAGAUGUGAUUCAUUAUCAAGCCAUGUCAUAUAUUGGUAUGUAUGUAAACAUGAUAAUACAGCCUUUUUUCAUACAUGAGUAUAAAUAAAAUAGUAUUUUUUAAAGUA